AUGUAUCCUGUAAGUCUUUUCAGCUUGUUUGAUAACCUAUCCUCAGAGAUGAAUAGGACGUAAACUAACAUUGUCCAACUCAGUCAUCAUUGGUGAUUGAAGAUGUCCUCUUCGAGAAUUUCUCAGGCACUUCCAACAAAUACGAUCCAGUCGUUGGAAGCUUAGUUUGCAGUGGCCCAUCAGUACGUGCCUCUCCCAAACUCUGAGAAAAAGACGAGAACUAGAGCAUGCUAAUCGACGAGAACAUUUUAGGUCUGCAAAAUUAUCCAAGCGAAAAAUAUUAGUAUCACAAAUCCAAGUGGGAAAGCGGCAAAGUGGACUUUUACAAAUAUGAAUAAGUCGCUAUUGGCUAUUGCUUCUUCUGGUUCACAUUCUAUAGCUACAUGUAGACUUUGUUGCUAAGCACCUGGAGUAUAUUUCAAGUGAUUCUCCCAGCAACUCCAAGGAGAGGAAUGCUGUGAAUGGUGAUGUCGAAGCCAAAACUAUGGAUUUGCCUCACUAG